CAAACAGAAAGUGCUACGUGUAGACUUUUUUCCCCUUUUAACGUGAAAGCUUCAGCUGUACUUGCAACGCUUUCCUUUUGUUUAUACUGCAAAGUGCUGCUUCCUUAAUGCUUUACCCCGCGUAUUUCCUCACCAGGACUGUGGGAGCACACGCGCGAUCUGCACCGAUCGCAGCCUCUGCAUUCUGAAACCACAUCUAUUUUAGGGCUGCCAGGGGUAACUUACCGGGAUUCUGUUUUUAUUGCGUUUUAAACGCUUUGAAGAUGCACUCUCUGAAGAUGCGAUCUCUCCAGGACGUAGUUUUUGGGUGAAACUUGGACCGAAUUAUUCCCGGUUUACUAGUCGAAGAAUCAACCUGUUACAUCUUUUAAGUCUUAGGGUUUAUUUUCUGCAGGUCGAGGCACGCAGAUCGCUUCCUGCCGCUGCAUUAAUGAUGCAGCAAGACUGUUAAAAAGAGGCACAUCAAACUUUCGAUAACGUUUUGAAGAUUUGAAGGACAUCGUCGCCUAAGUGGAUUUUAUUACUAAUUAAGCCGUGGAGCCUAGGAAUAUAAAUCCCAAUGUUAUUGCUAUUCACAUUGGCUGUAGUAUUUGGUGACUUUCGCCUUCAUGGCACCAAAGCUCAAGGUGGUUCUAUUAAGGCUUUGCGCUCCUCUACUAUCCAGAGAGAUGAGAGCAAUCACCUCACAGCAAUUUAUCGGAAAGAGGAUACAAUCAAUGUCGUGAAUAAUGGAUAUGUACAGAGCCCUCGAUUUCCUCUCAACUAUCCAAGGAGCAUUCUAUUAACAUGGAGGUUGCUGUCUCCCGAAAACACAAAGAUACAGUUGGUGUUCGAUACUCGCUUUGGAUUGGAGGAACCAGAAAAUGAUAUUUGCAGGUAUGACUUUGUAGAGGUGGAAGAUAUAUCCGACACAAACCGAGUUAUCCGCGGAAGAUGGUGUGGAAAUACGGAAGUUCCUCCAAGAUUAACAUCAAAAAGCAACAAACUAAGGAUAACCUUUAAGUCAGAUGAAUAUUUUGUGGCCAAACCUGGAUUUCGCAUUUAUUACUCACCAGUAGAAGUGGAAGAUUUGCAGCCGCAACCCUCAAAAUCAAACUGGGAGGCAGUCACAAGUUCUGUUCCGGGAUCGUCAUUACAUCAAUCAGCUGCUACAGCUUCACCACUGACUGCAGAGUCUUUGGAUGAGGUGAUUGCUGGAUUUGAUACAAUAGAAGAGCUCCUGAAGCACUUAAAUCCAGACUUUUGGGAAGAGGACCUUAAUAAUAUUUUUCAAGAAACACGCCAGUUUCGAGGCAGAAUAUUCCACGAUGGAACAUCCCAUCGUCGCCGGAAGACCAAAGCUGACUUGAACAGAAUGAAUAAUGAUGUAAAACGCUACAGCUGCACCCCUCGAAACUACUCGGUUAACCUUCGAGAAGAGCUGAAGCAAACAAAUGCCGUGUUCUUCCCUCGUUGCCUUCUUGUUCAACGUUGUGGUGGGAACUGUGGCUGUGGUACCGAACACUGGGGAUUCUGCAACUGCAUGCAAGCCAAAACUGUUAAAAGAUAUCAUGAGGUGUGGAGAUUUAUUCCCGAACCUGGUCAAACACGCAGGCGAAGCAGAAGUAAGAACAUGGCCCUUGUUGAUAUCCAGUUGGAUCAUCAUGAGCGAUGUGUCUGCAACUGUAGUUCCAGACCACCCCGAUAAAAGAAAAAAUGAGAGAAGCUUUCAAGGACCUUAUACUUAACAGGAUUGCAUUUGUGUAUAGAUGAUUGCUGGCAUCAGAGUUAAUAUUUUCCAAGAUUACAGAAAGUAAUAAUUGCAGUGCUUGAAUAUAUUCUUUAACUAGCAUUGUGGCAGCAAAACUUUCAUAAUAAUGCCUUGCUUCUUGCAGUCAGUACAUUAUGAGACUGAGUUUUAUUAAUGCAUCCAGAUUAAAUGCAAGACAAUCCAGAUUUUUUCCCUAAUGUUUGGAAUAUCAUUUAAAUCAUUUACUUGGUUUAAAUCUGAGACUUUGUUCAUUUUAAGGCAGUGUUUGAGGAGAAAUUAGUUGUUAAAUGUCAAAAAAUGCUAGAAAUAGUCAGGAAGUCAGAUAAUUUUUGACAGUAUUGAAACAGAGUUUAUAGUCAAUGGCCUUUCAUAAAAGAUUUAUAAUAAAAUAACAUCCAGCCGGAUUGUUAGUUCUGUUUCUUAUUCCACAGAGUUUACUGAUCUGUCGAGUAUUCCUAGCACUUUCUGGUUUUAUUUCAGAUAUCCAGCUUCUGCAGUAUUUUACAUUUGUUACAAUUUAUUCACAGGUAUGGCUUUCCCAUUUUCAAAAGCACCUUGGAAGUUUCACAUUGCAAUAAUGUUUAAGUCAUAUAACAUGUUAUACUGCUUAUUGGAAACUGCUUUUGUGAAAUUAUUUAAGGUUAAAAUGUUCUCAGGCACUUUGUUUUAUUAUGGCUUGGAUUUCUUUCAACUGCUUUUAAUCACUGAACAUGUAAAAGAUAUUUAAAGGUCUUUUUUCUUCCAGUCCAUUGUAAGUCUGCUGAAGUAUAAUGUAAGUUUUUAAAUAUUGUUGGCCAAGGAAAUUGUCUUUAUUUCUAUUUUUUGGGGUUUGUGUUAUAUUAUCUGAUACAACAGAUGAUAAUCAACCUCCACAAUUCCCCUUUUAGAGAACAGAACUUCUUUUUUAAAUUAAGUAAAAGGAUUGACAGUGUCUCUUGGUGUGAUCAAACCUCAAUGUAAAACUUGCGUUGGGUUCAUUCUCCAUGUGUUUUAAACAUGAAAACUAUCCUUUGGUGGAAAAUGUAAGGUCAUCUAAUGUCAAUAAAACAGACUCAGAUUUGGCAUGAGAUAAUAUUCGAGAUAUGGCAUUUUAAAUUGAUAUCAUUUUGUUUUGUUCCUAAAUAGACAAAUAAUUGGACUAGUAUUUUCUAAUCGCAUUUAUAAUUACACCAAAUCUUCAAGUAUUACAUGCACAAAUCAAUAUGAACAUCUAUCAGUGGUACCAGGCUUUUCACAUCUUCACAUCUGUUCAAUUCAAAUCUUUAUCAGACCAGAGGAACAAUUAUUUCAGCCAAUUUCUAAAUGUUUGAUCACUACUUCCAUCAUUUUAAUGGAUACAGUGCACAACAAAGAGCAUAAACAAAUGUCAUAUGCCUUUGUCAAUACCAAUUUACUUACUGACGACAUUAAGGAAAAAUGAAAAGGGUAAUGUAUUUUAGUUUAAGUCUUUAGUGGGUUAUCAUGUUUGAAAAUGUUAGAGUUUUUUCUCUAAUAACUCCAAAAUGACAGAUUAUAAAACAUACUGAAUUUUUACUGACAUUUUUCCAUAAUCCUUUAGAAUCAAAUAAGUAUGGUGAGUUGAAUUUUGAAUGAUACAUAUAUACAAAUGAUUUGAUUAAUGGAAUAGGUUUACUUGAGCAGUUCACUUGCACAUUAUUAUAGUGCUGCCAAAGUAGGAUCAUGAAUAUAUAAGGCUUUCUAUACUUUAUAAAGUAAUGCAAUAUUAUUUUGAAUUCAUAUCCAAAAGCAUCUUUCUUAAUUUCUUUAUCUCAUCCAUCAAAUUACAUAUUACAAAAUAAUCAACAUCCAUAAAAAGUAAUCUACUAAGAAAAAAAUUGUUUCAUCAUAAGAAUAUACAAUUUUUAGUUUCCUCUAUGUUGUAUAGUAAUAUGCUCUACUAUAAUGUUCCUACACAAGGGCUGAGAGCCUUUAGAACAAUUCUGCAGGGUCCUGGGAUGCCGUUUUUGUUCUUGCAAUAAAAACAAUUUCCUGAAGUGCAAUUCUUGUAUGUUAACACAACUUAUUUUUAAUUAUUAUAUAGAGCAUUUCAAAUAGCUUCUUUUGAUUUUUGUAUGUAUUAUUGUUAUUGAUUAGAAUUAUCUUGUGCUCUUGUUUUGAUGGAAUGUAAAGACUGCUUGAGAAAGGGAAUUGUAGAGGAUUAUUUUUUGUUAUAAAAU